GUCCCUGUUCCGUACGCCAUUGAGGAUUCUCAGGACCCUGAGGACGUGGAUCUUCUCGCUGAGGCAGACGCUUGGGCGGUGCUAGCUCCAGAUCUUACCGACCCUCACAUAGCUGCUUUGCUACAGGGGGUGAGGGAUCUUAGUUUAGACCCAGGUGUGGUAGAACCUGAACCUGAAGUGAAUCCUGCUGCCAGCGAAUCUUCGAGCAGUGAAUCGGAGAGUGUCUCUGUGGGUUCAGCGGAGACCGACAUCCGCUGGUACGCUGUCUGGCAGGUUCCCAAACCAGAAGGGGGACUGCCGGUCAUUGGCAUUCACACCAGUGUGGGGCCGUUGGCUUACAGGCGGAUUCUUGAGGCAAACAGGAACGAGUUUAGUAGCAUUCGUUUCCAAAGAGCUGAUAACCGAGCUGCUGCUCAGGCCCUGUUUAGAUCUGAGGCUGCUAUCCAUCAGGUGGACCCAGAGCUUGCCGAGCGCAUCAUUCGAUGGUCGUGUGAGACCAACGAGGAGGCUGCCAGACUUUUUUCUCAUUACGAGUGUGAAGGAUGCCACUUCAUGCUGGUGCAGGGACAGCAGUCCCAGAUGAGGGAACAGUGCAGCCAUGCCAUGAGAGGCUUGGAAGUGGCAGCCGGCUCAGUGAAGGCAGCCGGCCUGGUGGCCUUGCAGCAGGACGAUCUGAACUAUGCUACAGCUUCAGAGGAUAUUUCUGCCGGGGCCCAGGCUUCUGCAGGGAUAACGCCGCAAGCCCUUGUGGAGGAUUCAUCGGAAGAGGAUCCCGACGAGGAGGACGGGAGCGCAGACGAGAUCAUGCAACUGCUCCGCAAGGCGAAGAAGGCCGCUCCAGGUGUGGCUACAAGUUCCGAAAAGCCCAAGUCAGGCAUUUUGAAGAAAAGCAGUCGCUAUGCGCUUCUGACAGCGGGAAAAAGCAACGAAAAGUUGGCUUCAUCCAAUGGCAUCGAGACUUUAUUGCAGCAGGCCAUCAACUCAGGCCAACCGGAGCUUGCAAGUCAAAGUCUGAAUGCCAUGGUGUCAAUGGAGCUGCUAAAAGUUCUCAGAGGGAAGUCGGGAAAGAAGAGCAGUUCAAGUGCUUUGGCGCCCGACGAGCAAGAAGACAGCGAUGCCAGCAGCCGGAUUCGACCAGCAGCACGGGAAAGCGAGGUGGUGCGAGUCGAGUACCAUCUGGGAGCCAGUGCCGAGACGGCAUACAAUUUGUCGGACUUCACCCGCAAACUGAAUUGGGGCAAUCAGAGAACGUUGCUUCGGGUCCAUUUUGCUUUGUCCGAGAUUUUGCAGACGCUCCUGAAAAACCAGCCAGAGCAAGCGGCAUUGGAGUUGGUGCAAUUGCUCCGGGCGGUGCGCCAGACCAACCUGGAUCGUGGAUCUUGGAGAGCGAGCUGGCUGCUUCUGAGGUAUGCGGACCCCAUCGAGACACCGAAGUUUGGGGGGGAGCCGCAGGACCUGGAGAGAGUUGCUGGAUAUCUCAAUGCGUUGCAGAAGCUGGAAAAGAGGGCAAAGGGCCUCGGGAAAGGCGAUCAAGAAGAAGGCGGAGGAAAAGGAAAAAAGGGAAAACAGAACCCGAAGAAGCAGGCGGAGGAAUUUGAAUCCAUGCCAGACCUGGUGCCAAUUCCAGGUACACCGCCGGGCGACUGCCGUGCAUGCCACAAAGUAGAUCCGAAAGACUGGCCAAAUUUGUUGCGCAAACUGCACAAGUCCGGAAUGAUCGGCUUUGUCCCGGAACAUGUAUCCAAUUUAUGGGUGGACACUCACAGCAAUCCAGCCGACUAUCCAUCAAGGUUUAAGCCCAUUCCUGCACCUGACGUUUCCCAGUCUGAUGGAUUGCUUGAUGCGGCUAUUGACACACACACUGCGGAUGAAAAUGCAAGCCGCGGCAAUGGCCAGCCUGAGAACGUAAUCUUCCAGGUCUCCGUGACUUGUCGAGACUCUGCCAUUGCCGCUCGAGACAUGUACACGCAGCGGCGGAUUGAGACGUCUUCAGCUGCUUUCAGACUCAGUAGGUUUUCGAAGCCUUACCGCCAGCGGCUUUUGGCGGGACUACAAGAUUUGGAUGGUUUCUGUCGCGAACAGGGUCCUUGUUCACUGGCCGCUCUGCUGGGAAAUUUGAAUAGCGCUGAUGAAGUGCUUUCACUAUACGUCAUGCAACGUCACAGCAGUUUGAAGCCGAAGCAGCUGUAUGUGGUGAAGCAUGCUUUACUCUGCUGUCAACAUGUGCAGCCCAAACUGAAGGGCAGGAUCAACACAGCUUGGGAAAACCUUCGAGUCUGGGAGGAGCAGAGAACGAGCUCUCUUCGUCCACCCUUACCUAUUCCCUUGUGGCUUUUGAUGAUAGGCUUGUCCAGAGCUCACUCUUCUGUGAAUGAAUCGAUGCUGGAACAGAAAAGAUGGCGAGUUUUUGCCACCUUGCUGGAGAUAGGGGUUCUCUGCAUGCUGAGGCCGGGUGAGUUGCUGAAGUUGAAACAUACGGACAUUUCCCUGCCAGGGAGCUUCACCUUCAGUCAACCUUUUGCUGCUAUUCGGGUGGCCAACCCUAAGAACCGAAGGCAGUUUGGUGUAGAUCAGUUUGUGCUGGUUAGGAACCCUUGUACAGUCCAGAGAUUGCGAGAAGUGGUUGAGGAGCGAAAUGACUGCGCUCUGUGGAAAGGAGGUCGUGCUCUCUUCAGCAGGAUGUUCAAACAGAUAUGCAAAGAACUGCGCAUCUUGGACUGCCACUUCACCCCGGCCAGUCUCAGGUGUCAGAAAGUGCUUCAAGCUCGUUUAUUGCUGACUGGUGCGCCAGAUAUGCAUUCUAUGAGGGCUAGACACGGUCGCCGUGUAAUAGCUGGAGGGGCCUUUAAAGGAUCCACCUUUGAGGACCUGUCACAUGACCAGUUGGUGAGAGCUUCAAAGAGAUAUCCAGGUGACCCAAAACUGCAAAAGUAUGCUAAAGCUGUGGUAGCUGCCAGAGAACUUGAUGGAGGAGCCGAUCCUUUACCCUGCAAACCACUCAUGCUGCGGGAUGGAACCGUUUCUUCACCUGAAGAGAAAAAACCCUGGACCAUCAAAUCUUUUCUCUGGGAGAUGUUUCGCACACUGACGCUGAACAGAGCAGUUUUGAUUGUUGUCAUUUGUGUAGCGCUGAUGUUUUUACUGAAACCUACGCUGGCCACGGCUUGUACAAAGGUUUUCGUACGUAUCCUGCGACUGGCUUUACGGAGACUCACUGGAUUUUUACUGCUGAUUUUAGAAAGUUUGUUGGAUGAAAUCGUCUACCAGAUUGAAUACACCAUGCGACAAGCCUUGCCGCAUGCGCUGGAUUUGGAGCAAUUUACAACUGCUCCCAUCCAAUUUAUUUCCCACCUUUUAUCAGCAAUCACUGGUGCAGUCAUAUCCUCCAUUGCCACCUACAUUGGCAAUCGUGUGGCGGGGUGGGGGGAGUAUGGGCUCCUGAAUGAGAAACUUGAGGUGUUGCUGGGUGAAGGGUUUCUUGUUGGCAGGGCAUUAUCGUCAUGGAAGGGUUUCUUUCGACAUGGUGGCGGGUUUCUGCGGGCUUCUGGAGUGCAGGGUUUGCGUAGGGGAUCAUCUUCAUGGAAGGCUUUCUUUCGACAUGGUGGCGGGUUUCUGCGGGCUGCUGGAGUGCAGGGUUUGCUUAGGAACAAGGGUAAUGUCCACCACGUGGAAUCAAAGAGCACGCAGACACACUUUUGGGUGAUGCGUGCCCAAGCGACGGACACUGUCACAGCUGCAAAUGCCAUAGUUUCCAUUCCACUGGCAGAAGAGAUGGUCCAUCUGCUUUUGCUUGGUGGCACGGAUUUGCAAACGGCCUUGCAAAACGGACAGGUCUUGCAGACAAACAAGCUCAGCACCACAAAUUUGGAAUUGCUCUUCCACUACCAUUGUGUCGUCAUUCAGGGCCAGCUGCCAAGCACCUACUUCCGGAGAUGCUAUGCUCGCGGGCCGAACGGUGGCAGAAAGAUCUGCACAUGCGCGAACUUCGCCCAAAGAGGCAAUUGUGCGCACAUCUGGUACAUAGCUGCAUUGCAGGGAGAGAUCGACCUGGCGGCGGUUCCUAGCAAGGCGAAGCCUGGCAGAAAACGUUGCCAGGCUGUCAGUCAGUGCUUCCGGCCGAGGAGCGACGAAGGAAGCCAAGAAGCGGCGGCACGCAUGAAACGCACCCGAAGCAAAAACGACAGUAGCUGCUUCGAGCAGACGUUCGCAGCUCGUUCCGUGGCUUUGCUGCCCUCAUGGAGGAUUUUCACAGCAUGCCACACAUCGAGCAUUUGCACGACAAGCUUCUUCACGCCUGGCUUGUGUACACGGCUGUCCUACAACUGCAAGAGUUGCAUUGGGAAGAGUUGCGUAGCAUCCCUUUUUGCUUUCAGAGACGCAAUGUGGAUCUCCGCUGUGAAACGUUGGGUGCAUUGUAUCUUCCGCUCCAACGCAGAUUCUUGCAGGAUUUUGCGCAGGACCAUGGCUGCGUUACGUGUGCUCGCUUCCCGCUUCUUGCCUUUGACGGGAAGGUCAACAGAGCAGCCGCCAUAUCCAAGACCAAGCUGGAAUGCUUUCGGGGCUGAAGCGUGCCCGCAGCAAGCUUGCGGAGCUAGAGUGCUGUCAAUGUGGGACCAGCAUCGUGAAGGAUGCGCCCAUUUGGCGUUGCGAAUUGGGCUGUGCGUUUGGCACCUAUGUCACGACUGCGCCGUGGCAACCAUUCCGGCCGAGACGCCUUGCGAACCAGACCAAGUGCCUGUGGUCCCCAUAGCCUCAGAUGACUUCCGUCUUGUUCAGCAUGAUGGCGAAGCUUAUCCUCAUGUCGCAGCGGAUGCUAGGCUAAAGAGCGAGGCCUUGACAAGUAUCUUUUGCUUCAGGAUUGCACAAGGGACGAAAGUGUAUAAUCUGCUUGACAGCAGGCGUUGCAGAGGCUCAAGCACCGGGCGGAGAGGGCAAGAUGUGAUUGGCGCUGAGAAGCAGGUCCAAAAGAAGCCCCACGCGGACAGCUUGAAGCGAGCAG